AUGAGAUUGUCUCUUGAUGUAGCAAAGAGGUUCUUCAGGUUGCAAGAUAUGCUUGGGAUCGAUAAGGCCAGCAACAUUGUCGACUGGUUGCUCAUGAAAUCAAAACCCGCUAUUCAAGAUCUACUUCCCCAACAGUUAGACCGCACUUGCAGUCUCAUUGGUCUGUCAAAUAGCGGUUCUUCUGCAUCAGAAUGUGAAGUUAUGUUUGGAAUUGAUGAUCAAUCUAUGGAGAAAAUUAGGGAAGAUACGGUGAUUAUAGUAGGCAACGCAAAAUCUACUUCCUCUAGUAGUAACAAAGAGAAGAAAAAGCUUGAUAGAGGAGUUAGGAAAAGUGCGUAUAUUCAUCACUGUCUUGCUAAAGAAACUAGGGAACAAGCAAGAGCAAGGGCAAGGAAGAGGACAACUAAAAAGAGAUAUAACAAGAUUGGUGGGGGUGAUGUUGGUGGUUCUGGCUCUGAUCAGUAUUCUAAAUUUAGACCACAUUUCGAUCAGGUGAUGAAUCAAAAUGUAAAUUGA